AUGAGAUUGGCGAUCCUCAACAACUCGACGGUGACGCAGUUCAUCGAAGACGAAGAAACCUUCGAUGGCUGCAUUGGGCAAAGCUUCGCGAUGCUCGACGCCGACGGCGACGGAGCGCUGUCGCGCGAGGAGCUUCGCGUGGGGUUCGGUCGGGUUCUGCCGCUCGGAUCCGUGUCGGACCCGCGGAAGGAGGUCGCCGACAAUCUGUUCGACGAAAUAUUCCGGAGGUUCGAUUCGGACCAGAACGGCGCGAUCGAUCGCCAGGAGUUCAAGUCGCUGUCGAAGGAAAUGGUGCUCGCGAUGGCGCGGGGGAUUGGGGAUUUGCCUGUUCAGCUCGCCAUUGAUCGCGAUAGCUUUCUCAUGAGGGCCGUUGAGCAUGAAUUGGAGAGAAUCUGA